AUGGCUCCAAGCGGACCCCGCCCUGCGGUCCUGCUGACCCUUGCACUGCUGGCUGCCUGUGUGGCUCUGACCCUCGGGCAGAGGUGGAACCCCCUGAACGACAUGUUCCGGAAAAAUAAUGUGGACUACCCCAAGACCGUCGCCACCAACAACAACGCCUACUGCAACAGGAUGAUGUGGGACCGGGUGAUGUACUGGAAAUACACCAACACCUUCAUCCAUGCGACAGCCGAGAACAUCAGCAAAGUCUGCACGACAGAUGGGGUAGUCAGCGGGCCCAACCAGUACCAGAGCACGAGUCCCUUCAACAUCACCACCUGCACAUUUAACCCCUGGAGCAUCUCUUACACCGGGAUCAGCGCAGAACAAAAAAUCAUCAUCUCCUGCUGGAGUGGUCUCCCUGUUUUAUAUGUGAAGAGCAUAUAG